AUGUCCACAGCCAGUGAUAUCAUCAAGUCAGCUACAGGAGUUUACGAUCACAUGAAACCAAUCAUCUGGGUGGAUUGUGAGAUGACUGGUUUAGAUCAUGAGAAAGACCAUAUUAUCGAGAUCUGCUGUCUUAUUACAGACAAGAAUUUAAAGGUUUUGGAUAAGGCAGGUUACGAAUCGGUUAUACAUUAUCCGAAAAGUGAAAUGGAUAGUAUGAAUAAAUGGUGUAUAGAUCAUCAUGGAAGUAGUGGACUCACGAAAAAAGUAAUUGAAUCUGAAAAGACCAAAGAUCUAGUGGAAAACCAACUAUUGAACUACAUUAAGAAGUUUGUCAGUCCCAACGUGGGGAUCCUUGCAGGAAAUUCGAUACACAUGGAUCGAUUGUUUAUGUUAAAGGAAAUGCCCAAAGUAAUCAACUACCUCAUGUAUAGAAUCAUCGAUGUUUCUUCCAUCAUGGAAUUCUGCAAGAGACACAAUCCUAAAGUGGAAGCUCUAAUGCCACCCAAAAUAGGCGCGCAUACUGCAAAGCAAGAUAUUAUCGAGAGUAUUAACCAGUUGAAAUAUUAUAGAGAUGUCUACUUGAAGGAUUCUGAUGAGAUCGACGAGGAAGUGAUUAGAGAGAAAUGGGCAGGUAAGGAUAUUAACGGUAAUCCAUUAGAGAGGAAUACCAGAAAAAGAAAAAUCUAA